AUUAGACUAUAAAUAGUUGAAAAACAAAGUAAAGUAAAGCAAAGCAACACUAUUUUUUCUUCAAUCUGACCUGGGCCAAAUUGCAGUGUCUCUGUUUUUCUUCUUUUGUUUCCCAACGAAAAGGUUAAAUGGCAAAAAGUUUAUUCAAGCAAGAGCAUGAUCUUGAAAAGAGACGUGCCGAGGCUGGCAGGAUCAGGGAGAAAUACCCAGAUAGGAUUCCGGUGAUCGUGGAAAAGGCAGAGAGAAGUGAUAUUCCCAACAUUGAUAAGAAGAAGUACCUUGUCCCAGCUGACUUGACAGUAGGACAAUUUGUGUACGUGAUCCGCAAAAGGAUCAAAUUGAGUGCAGAGAAGGCGAUUUUCAUAUUUGUGGACAACGUCCUGCCACCAACAGGAUCAAUCAUGUCUUCUAUAUACGAUGAGAAGAAAGAUGAAGAUGGUUUUCUAUACGUCACUUAUAGUGGAGAGAAUACAUUCGGGACCAGAUUUUACUGUAGCCUUUGAUAAUUUGGCAUUGCGGUUUUUUUCUCCUUCCUGCUAUCACUGUUUUCACCAUUGUCAACUCCAUUGCCUCGAGUGAUAUUUUCGUUAUUCCUCUUGUUUUAUUUAAGAUUUACUGGUGUAUAGUUUGUGUAUAUAUAUAUACAUAUAAUAAGAAGGUAGAUAAUGUCAGACUCUCCCGGUACAUGUUUUAAUAAAUAUUUGCAUUUGAUGUCA